AUGGGUGCCCAGCAGCAGCAGCCGCCCCAGGAGGUCCUGGACCCCUCUUCCCAGGGCGUGCGCCUGCCUGCAAAACAUGCCUGCAGAAGCAUGGUUCCCUAUCAGCAAAACCCCUACACCCCUGGGAGCAGCUCCACCGUCAUCCAGUGCUACCGCUGCGGGGACACCUGCAAGGGAGAGGUGGUGCGCGUCCAGAGCAAUCACUUCCACAUCCGCUGCUUCACCUGCCAAGUGUGCGGCUGCGACCUGGCCCAGUCGGGCUUCUUCUUUAAGAACCAGGAGUACAUCUGCACCCACGACUACCAGCAGCUCUACGGGACCCGCUGUGACAGCUGCGGGGACUUCAUCACCGGAGAGGUCAUCUCCGCCCUGGGGAGGACCUACCACCCCAAGUGCUUUGUCUGCAGCACCUGCAGGAAGCCGUUCCCCAUCGGAGACAAAGUCACAUUCAGCGGGAAGGACUGCGUCUGCCAAAACUGCUCCCAUUCUCUCAUCAGCACCAAACCUAUCAAGAUCCACGGGCCCAGCCACUGCGCAGGCUGCAAGGAGGAGAUCAAGCAAGGCCAGUCCCUCCUGGCCCUGGAGAAGCAGUGGCACGUCAGCUGCUUCAAGUGCCAAACGUGCGGGAUCAUCCUCACCGGCGAGUACAUCAGCAAGGAUGGCGUCCCAUAUUGCGAGUCCGACUACCAUGCCCAGUUCGGCAUCAAGUGCGAGACCUGUGACCGGUACAUCAGCGGCAGGGUCCUGGAGGCAGGAGGGAAGCACUACCACCCCACCUGCGCCAGAUGUGUCCGCUGCCACCAGAUGUUCACGGAAGGAGAGGAGAUGUACCUCACAGGCUCUGAAGUGUGGCACCCCAUCUGCAAGCAGGCAGCCAGAGCAGAGAAGAAGCUAAAGCACAGAAGGACAUCAGAAACCUCCAUCUCACCCCCCGGUUCCAGCAUUGGCUCCCCGAACCGUGUCAUCUGCGCUAAAGUGGAUAAUGAGAUCCUUAAUUACAAAGACCUGGCAGCUCUUCCCAAGAUUAAAGCCAUCUAUGAAGUGCAGCGUCCUGACCUCAUUUCCUACGAGCCCUAUCACAGAUACACGUCGGAUGAGACGCUGGAGAGAUAUAGCUAUGGGGAGUCCCUGGGGACCCUCUCCCCGUACUCGCAGGACAUCUACGAGAGCUUUGACACACGGCAGAGGCGAGCCUCCAGCCCUGGCUACAUUGACUCCCCCACCUAUGGCCGCCAGGGCAUGUCCCCCACCAUCCCGAGGUCCCCCCACCAUUUCUACCGCUCAGGCACCGAGAGCGGGCGCAGCUCCCCCUACUAUAGCCAGUUAGAUGUGAGGUCCUCCACUCCAACCUCAUACCAAGCGCCCAAGCAUUUCCACAUCCCAGCUGCCGGCGAGAGUAACAUCUACCGGAAACCCCCCAUCUAUAAGCGACACGACAACCUCUCUGCAGCCACAAAAAGCAAAACCAGCGAAGACAUCGCACAGUCAUCCAAGUAUAGCCCUGCCUACUCCCCAGACCCAUACUACCACUCCGAGUCGGAGUACUGGUCCUUCCAAGGCUCCCCCAAAGCCCCCCGGGCCCGGAGGUUCUCGUCGGGAGGCGAGGAGGACGGGUACGACCGGGGGAUGCACAAGAUCCAGAGCGGCAUCGGCAGGCUGAUCCUAAGGGAGGAGAUGAAGGCUCGGUCCAACUCCUACGCAGACCCCUGGACCCCCCCUCGCAGCUCGGCCAGCAGCAGAGAAGCUCUGCACACAGUUGGCUAUGAGGGCUCCCUCAACGGCUCUCCGCGGACGCACUACCUGGCCGACAGCGAUCCCCUCAUUUCUAAGUCGGCCUCCCUUCCCGCCUACAGGAGGAACGGGCUGCACAGGCCUCCCAGUGCCGAGCUUUUCCACUAUGACAGCACGAACGCCGUCAACUGGGGGAUGCGAGAGUACAAGAUAUACCCCUACGAGCUGCUGCUGGUGAAGACGAGGGGGAGGAACCAGCUGCCCAAAGAUGUGGACAGGACUCGGUUAGAGCGCCACCUCUCCCAGGAGGAGUUCUACCAGAUCUUUGGCAUGACCAUCGCCGAGUUUGACCGCCUGGCCCUGUGGAAGAGGAACGAGCUGAAGAAGCAGGCCCGGCUGUUUUAAAUGCAGUGCACUAUAAAUAUAUACAUACCUAUAAAUAUAUACAUAGAAAGAUCUCUAUAUUGCAGCUCUGUAUGAUUCUCGGUGCUGUACGUGGCAGAGGCGCCCUCUGCACCCCUGAGAGUGAAUUGGAGUCUCGCAGAU